GUUGAACAUAAAAGCAAUUCUGCUAUAUAUGAAACGAGUAGCUUCCCUUUCUAAACGACGAGUUUAACAACUUGACUCACACGCACUCUGUCUCUGAUGAUCCUUCCUUCCUAAUCCUCCCUCCACCAAAACCCGCAACCACCGUGCUCGUGAAGAAUUCCAUAGCUUCCUUCAUCGAUUUGAACUGUUCGCCGCCGCUGGCAUUCCUUUCCGGCGACGAUGACCAUCGACUUAGAUUCAAUCACUCGCAGAGUCGAGGUUGACAAUCGCAUUCCCCUCCGUUAUUACUACCGAAUCGCCGAUAACCUCCUCAAGCAGGCUAGUAUAUACCGAGCGGAGAAUAAUGUAGUCGACUUGUAUAUCAUACUCCUUAGAUUUAUAAGUUUGAUUUCUGAAACGAUUCCAUACCAUCGAGAUUAUCAAGCUUCACUUCCUAAUGAAAGAGCAGCAUUUAAGAGGAGAUCAUUAGUUGUAUUGGAUGAGGUUGAGUCUUUGAAGCCUGAAUUUAAACGCCGGGUGGAAAAAUUGAAUGAAUCACGUGCAAAAGCUCCGUUGCCUAUAGAAAAUGGCUUUGAUAUGGCUUUGCAGAGUUCAGUGAAUUCCUCUUUGGACUGGCCAGCUGUCAACAAAAGUUAUAAAACGAGCAUGGAUUUUAAACAGCCUGCUGGGCACUCUGCCUGGAAUUAUAAUAAUAAUGUGUUAUCUUCAAAUUCCAUGGCUAUUGACAAGCAGCUUCAAAAAUUAUCUCUUGGUGUAGCCACUCCUAAGAAGGAGACCUUAUCUAGACACUCAUUUUUAGGACCAAAUGGUCUUCGGGGCCAAUGGCUUGGACCUAGUGCAGAAAUAAAGGUUCAAUAUCCUAGCAGUAGUGAUCUCACACAGCCCAAAGAUUCAAGCCUGACUCAGGCUGGACAAUAUGAUCUUGUGGCAGUUAAAGAUGAUCAAGGACCAGUUACAUCAACGAUGGACUCGGUACUGUCCUUGGAUGAUGGAAGAUGGAUGCGUCCUACUGUUGAGUCUUAUGCUCCUCUUGUAACUGAAUCAAGGGAGGACCCCUUACAGUUGCUCAACAUCAAGCAACCUUUGCCUCCUCCUGUCCUUGCUCAGGUGUACCCAGAGCGUGCCCCUAUUCCUCCUUCAAAAGUUGCAGAUCCAAGGCCAGGACCAGCAAAAUCUUCUCAUGAUUCUGAGCAUGGUCCCACUACAUAUCAACACCUACAUGUGCCUGUCAAAAUGAUGGAAGAGUUUUUGAGAUUGGCUUUGGAAAACACACAGAAGAACUUAGAGACAUGUGGUGUUCUUGCAGGGUCUCUGAAAAACAGGGUUUUCCAUAUCACGACACUUAUAAUCCCAAAGCAGGAAUCGACAUCAGACUCGUGUCAAACAUUGAAUGAAGAAGAAAUUUUUGAAGUUCAAGACGGCUUAUCACUUUUUUCUUUGGGUUGGAUACAUACUCACCCGUCACAAACUUGCUUCAUGUCAUCUGUGGAUUUGCACACACAUUACUCAUAUCAGAUCAUGUUGCCGGAGGCAAUUGCUAUUGUCAUGGCCCCUACAGAUACAGCAAGUCCACAUGGCAUAUUUCAUCUGUCUGAUCCAGGUGGUGUGUCGAUAAUUCGUAACUGUCAACAAAGUGGAUUUCAUCCCCAUGAGGAGCCUUCGGAUGGAAGUCCAAUCUAUGAGCACUGCUCUCAUGUCUAUAUAAAUGCUAACUUGAAGUUUGAUGUUGUUGACCUACGAAAGAGAUGAUUGAUCUAUCCACAAACUACAAGUACAGUGAUUUGCUGCAUAUUUUCUACCUGAAGACGCCAUGCCAAAAAAUGCCUUGCUAUAGUGGAUUCUUUUUUAUUUGUAAACUAUGAUAGAGGAUACUUAUAGCCAGGUCCAUGAUUUUGUACUCCACUAGUGAAACAGUGAAAGAUAGUUGUAUAAAUCUAGUGAUAUUUAUUUAAUGUGCAGGUGAAGAAAUGAGAAACGUAACAAAAAAAAUCCUGAUAUGUAUCAUUUGGAUCUGUGUUAUACAGAAACAUACUACAAAUUUGAUAUGCCUUGCUGACCAAAGAAGAAAUUAUGUACAAAAAGGCUGUGUUUGAUUAAGAGUA